AAGCCGCAGCAUUAAUAGUUUAUGAUCGACAAACACUUUUGAGCAUUCGUGCAUCUUAUGAGGCACUAUCGAUCCAUAAUUUGGAGCCGCACGCUUCAACACAUUUUACACCACCUUUUCUCUCAUCUAUACCGGCGUUCCUGCGCAGGGUCCCCUACUUUAAUCUACGGAAAAAGCGCUCAAGAAGACGGCGUAAGCGAGGCGGUGUCCUCGUCCGAGUCAGAGCUUACCUAAAGGCGAAUUCUGGUGGGAAUUGCCUCCCUCACGCCUUUCAGCGAGCCAGGAUCCGAUGGAUUACUCCAGUAACUUUGGACGGAUGCUACGCUAUGGAUCACCUGUCUUCUCCGGCUUCCUGCUUCCUUCCCCGGUGCUCGAAAGGCAAACGUGGCAUAGACCGGCGGAAUAUACGCGAACUAGCCCGUGCUCAAUCUUUGAGUUCCGGGCACACCAAACUUCGCUUGGCGCUGCUGAACACCCGGUCGUUGGCUAAUAAGACUUUUCUGCUUAAUGACUUUUUUGUCUCCCGCGAUCUGGAUUAUUUGUUCUUGACUGAGACGUGGCUUCGUGAGGGUGAGUGCUCAGCCUUUUCCGAACUCCUCCCACCUGGCUGCACAUACUUUAAUUCUCCCCGUUCCUCUGGGAAAGGUGGAGGGCUUGCUACAGUUUUUAAAUCUAGCUUCCAGUGCUGCCAGUCUUCAAAUAUGGGUCCAUAUUCUAGCUUCGAGCUUCAACUCUUAAAUAUUCAGGCAAGCCCACGAGUUGUAUGCGCAGUUAUCUACCGCCCUCCGAAAUUCAACAAACGCUUUAUUCAAGAAUUCUCUGAUUUUCUGGCGGGUAUUGUAACUGUUACGGACCAUCUUUUAAUCGCAGGAGACCUUAACGUCCACGUUUGUUGCGAGACCAAGCCACUGGCGAAAGAAUUCUUAAGUGUCAUUGACUCAUUCAAUCUUAGGCAGUGGAUUUCUGGCCCAACCCACGAGAAAGGACAUACGCUGGACCUUGUACUCACUUUGGGUCUAGAUGUAUGUGUGGAGGAAAUUUGUGACAUGCACAUUUCGGACCACUUGCCAAUUCUAUUUAACAUUGAACUGCCGGGUCCGGUUGUAAAACAGGAUACCUCAGUGCGCACAGUGCGCGCGUUUACUCCACUAACCGUGGAGCAGUUUUCGUGUGCUUUUGCCUCCUUUACGCCUCCUGCACUCACAUUCUCCGGUGCUCUGAGCGCAGAAGAGCUCAACACAAUGUUCAACACUAUUUGUACGGACAUUCUGGACGCUGUCGCCCCACUUGUAAUGAAGCGCGCCAAGCCCACGUCGGAGCCUUGGCUCAAUGAAACCACUCGUGCGCUUAGACGCGAGUGCAGGCGCGCAGAGAGCGGAGGUGGAAUAAGGACAAACUACACGUAUCGCUUGAAAUACUUAGAGCCUGUCUAG